CGGCCACCCGGCUGCGGCUUGUUUGUGGCGCACACAUGUUAGCUAACGUGCUAGCUUCGCUGCGCCGACUGCUCAUGUAAACAUUGAAGUUCGUUCAUGCGUGGUGAUAGUGUUAUUAAAAGCUGUCGGCUUUCUUACAACCCUACAUUUCAUGAACGACGUCAUAUUUGCGUGUAGCUCCCACCCCCGUUACUUCCACUGCAGUACCUGAGACUCAUGAACCAUGAAGGUAAACAAACAUGCACAGGUCAAAGUCAAAUCACAAAAGUGGACAAAGGUGAAAGGGAACCGGAGUCGGGGUCCCAUCAGACCCUCUGAUCUUAACUCCAGUCCUGUCAUGGCCAAACUAGUCCAGGAGCACCAUGCUAAGAAGAAAAAGCCCAGUGUGAAGAGACUCAAGGGCAAGGUCAAGUCAGUGUCUGGUGCUCCGAUAGAAAGCAGAAAGCCUUGUACUAAUGGAGGAGUUUCCAUGGAGUCAGAGGACUCAGAGGACUGGGAGGAGUAUUCCAGGUCACUCCAGAUGAACGGCAUGGACACUGAUGAUGGUCAGCUGGCUCGCCUAGAAGGAGAUGCGCUUCAUCACUGCGCCGAACGAGAUGACCAAAAGAACCAUGCAGUGCUGGUCAUGCAGAAGGAUCAGACUUUGUGUUUUCGUGGCAAGUGUUUCCUCACAUGCUUGUACGGUCGCGUGGAAGUUAUGGGCUUCACCAUCGAGGAGGGUCAGGAGUCGUAUCCUGUCCUCUCACCUGCGUCACACUGUCCCCUCACCAUCACUGCCCUCAGGAACUCGGACAAUAGCAGAGACCCCAGCACAGAAGUGGGCCCAAUACUCCAAAAGUACCUUCCCACAGCGUCUUGUAAACGGUUAUUAAGGAGAGUCAAGUCAAAUUCGUCCCUCAUCUUACUGGAGCCCAUGGUGACUCCCCUGACGCGGUUUCUCUCCAGCUUCCCUGGAUUCAAUGAGCUGUUCAGCCCCACCAUGAGUGAGCUCAUGUCUGCUGUCCUGGACACUCCUCUAAAUGGUUUGGGAAUGGUCCCCCUUCUCAGCGCUGUUCACGGUCUGAAGUUAUCUCAGAGCUGCAGAGAAGCUCUGGACAGUGUGGUCAGCGCCUGCAGAGGAGACAUGGACGGCUGUGCAGUCAUCCUCGUCUGUGGGGCCAAAAAUGUCGGCAAGUCCACUUACAUCAGAGUUCUCCUCAACACUUUACUCAACCACACAACCAGUGUCGAUUAUUUGGAAGGUGACUUGGGUCAGACAGAGUUCACUCCCUCCGGCUGCCUCUCCAUGACGACCGUCAGAGAGCCUCUGCUGGGUCCUCCGUUCACACAUCAGCGGACGCCUGAUCACAUGGUCUACUACGGUGAGACCUCUUGUGAGAAGGACCUGAACCGCUACCUGGAGUCUCUCAAAUCUCUAUGGAGCCGGCGGCCGCAGAACAGAGAGACCCCGAUCAUCAUAAACACGAUGGGCUGGGUCAAAGGAUUCGGCUUUCAGCUGCUGGUGGACAUGAUCCGGUUCUUCCCAGUCACACACGUGGUCCAGUUGUCACACGGCGGGGUCACCCAAUGUCCCGCUCUUACACCGGGGUUCCUCAGGAUGGCUCAGGGUUUCCAGACGCACCCGCCGGCCCAGACGGCUCUGGACGAGCUGAACGAGUACCAGAGUCCGCCCCGGAACUACGUCCUGCAUCUCGUACAUUCGGACUUCGAACUCGCUGGACGGCAAGGAAACUCGAGACACCAGCGUGCCAACGAGCAGCGGGAGCUCUCCCUGCUGGCCUACCUGAGUGACCUCCAGUCUCCAGACCCUGGCCCUGUCAGACCUCUGCAUGCCCUCACACCGUACCAGGUUCCCCACACUGCCGUGGCUCUGGGUGUGACCCACUGUGAAGUGGCCCCCACUCACAUGUUCUACGCUGCCAACGCCAGUCUAGUGGGACUCUGCUGCCUCGGGGAGAAGGUGACCAGCCGGGGCGGGCCGGUGGUUCUCAGCCAGCCGCCCAUCUGUCCCUGUGUGGGCUUCGGUGUCCUCCGAGGCGUCGACAUGGCUAGAGGCCUCUACUUCCUGCUGACCCCCGUUGAGCCGUCCGUCCUCCGAAAGGUCAACUGCCUCCUGCUGGGCGCCAUUUCACUGCCGUCCUGCAUCCUCACCUCCCAGGACGCCACGGCAGGUGAACUGCCGUACAUCACCACAGACUACAGCUUCGACAUCACAGGCGCCGGGAAGAUCCGAGUUUUCAAGGGACUCCUGAGACCUGAACACCUGAAGUGAUGGACUGUAUUUGCCAAACCACAGGGACUCCUUCAUGUACGAAACUGAACUUUUCACCUCCUGAAGUCGGUUUGUCACCCGGCUGCAGAUUCGCGCGGCAUGAUGUUGGACGCUGCGCCACCUCUUGAACAACAGCAGAACUGAGCGUUUGUUUUUUUGUGACAUUCCUAUGUUCAAGUUGAAUCAAGAAUAAAACAGAGUCAUGUUCUUAAGAA